CCCCUCGCCGACCAAACAGCGGCGCCGAAGUUUAACCCCAAAGCGCUCGGUUUACCCGAGAGCUUCGACGCACGGACGAAGUGGCCCACGUGCGCGCACCUCAUCGGCGUCGCGAGGGACCAGGGCAACUGCGGAUCGUGCUGGGCGAUGGCCCCCGCGGAGGUUAUGAGCGAUCGCGCGUGUAUCCAAUCUGGCGGUGAAAUCGACGCGGAGCUCUCGCCGUUUCAGCUGCUGGCGUGCGCGCAAGGUUCGUUCGGGUGCGAGGGGGGGGAAUCCGCGGACGCGUACGAGUUCGCGAAGAGCAACGGGGUGGUCACCGGCGGCGGCUUUGACGAUCAAAACACGUGCGCGCCGUACCCCUUUGCGCCGUGCCACCACCCGUGCGAGGUGUUCCCGACGCCCGCGUGCCCGGCGACGUGCGUCGGGGGUUCAAACGACGGGGUUCAAAAUGGCAAAGCGUCGUUCAAGGUGAAGGCCAUCGUGGACUGCCCGUCCUUCGAUUACGGGUGCGUGGCGAACGAGAUUUACCACAACGGGCCGGUUUCGUCCUACGCGGGUGACAUUUACGAGGAGUUUUACGCGUACAAGAGCGGCGUCUUUCGCGAGUCGCCAAGCGUGGCGCAGAGGGGCGCGAAUCACGGCGGGCACGUCGUGAAGGUUAUCGGAUGGGGCAAGGCGGACCCGGCGAAGGGGGAAGGAGAGGGGUACUACUGGAUCGUGGUCAACUCGUGGCUCAACUGGGGCGACGACGGCGUGGGGCGGAUCGCGGUUGGCGAGGUUGGCAUCGGCGCCGGGGUGGAAUCCGCGGUGAUGGACGUCUGA